UUUCAGUCAAUCAGAAAGCGAUUAUCUAAUUAAUUUUACGAGUGAAUUUCUGUCUUCCAUGCGAGCGCAUGAGAGGCUGAAUUCUCCACAGACCAAAGAGUCUCACACUGUCUUUGUGUCGCAGAGUAUCCACAGCAACCAGCAGAGACUGAAGCUCCGUCUCAUAAUACUAUCAAAUCUUCUCUACUCUCCCUGCUCAUAUCAAAUCUCAUCUAAACUCAGGAAAUAUUGAUUAUUUCAAGUGCCUGAGCAGAAGGAAACAUAUUAUACCUCCAAAUAAGGUAUUUCGAGAUAUGCAGAGAAUCACACUGUGGGAGCAAAUAGAAAGAAAAAAAAGUAAUUUCUAAUAACUUCUCUGGGGAGUAAGAAGUAGGAGGACUUAGAGGGAGAGAAUCGAGCGAUGGUUAAUGAAUUUUCAGUGUUGACGGGGGGAUGGCGUCUGUAUAAAAGAGAGGGAGAGAUGGCAGGAACCAUGGUGAGUGGAGAUCCACUGACUGAGGAGCAGCUGAGAGCGUCAGGAGCGCAGAAGGAAGCAGAAACUCCUGCCUACGAGACACAAAGGCUGCAGAGAACGUCUGACGUUUCCUGCGAGGCUUCGUUUGCUGCUCCACAAGUCUGAAAGAAUUCUCAAAGUUGCCUUCAGAAAAUUAUCCCCCUCUUGGGAAAGAACUUUUUUCCAAACUUAAAAGUCAUUUUCGGAAAAGGAAGCUCAGGAUGCCGGUGAUGAAGGGCCUCCUCGCUCCACAGAACACCUUCCUGGACAGCAUUGCUAACCAUUUUGAUGGAACUCAUUGCAACUUUCUUCUGGGAAAUGCUCUCGGUCGCCAUGGCUACCCCAUUGUCUACUGCUCGGAUGGGUUCUGUGAGCUGACUGGCUUUGCCCGGACCGAGGUGAUGCAGAAAUCCUGCACCUGCGGCUUUCUUCACGGCGCCGAGACCAGCGACGGCGUGCUGCAGCAGGUCCACAAAGCUCUGGAGGGCCGGCGGGAGUUUCAGGGAGAAAUCUGCUUUUAUCAGAAAAACGGAAGUCAGUUUUGGUGCUUUCUGGAUGUUGUCCCAAUUAAAAACGAGAAAGGUGAGGUGGUGCUGUUCCUGUUAUCCUUCAAAGAUGUCAGUGAAUCCCAUGAGAGGAGCCACCGCUACACUCCAGGAAAUGGUUUGGCAGAUUCUAAUGAAAGCAGUCGGGGAAACCAAUCAGACUUCACCUACGUUCAAGACCGAGGGAGGACCAUCCUCCAUCACUUAUGCAACUUUUUUCCAAAGAGGAGCAAAAGAAAACUCACAAAUUAUAAAAAAAUCCCGAAACUAUUGCUCGCACUUCGUCUCCAUUUUCACUCGGCAGAGGUGUCAAAACACAUCUGUCACACAACUUCUGUUUUACAACAAGUUUGUCUGCGAGCAGACGAGGUUACCGAAUUAACUCGCCGUCUGUCACACCUUGUUUCCCUCCAGUGUCAACGAGGUGUUUUCAGCUGUUUUUCUGCUUUUGUCUGCUAUGAAUCCAUCUUUUUCACGUGUUGCACGCUUCUUUUUGCAGAUAUCGUUCUGAAUUUCCGCACCACCUAUGUGAGUCAGUCGGGUCAGGUGGUGUAUGACAGCCGCUCCAUCUGCAUACAUUACUGCACCACCUGGUUCUUUGUGGAUCUGAUCGCAGCGCUGCCCUUUGACCUUCUCUACGCUUUCAACAUCACUGUGACGUCCCUGGUGCACCUGCUGAAGACGGUGCGUCUGCUGCGUCUGCUGCGCCUGCUGCAGAAGCUGGACCGGUACUCCCAGUACAGCGCCGUGGUCCUGACCCUGCUCAUGUCUGUGUUCGCCCUGCUCGCUCACUGGAUGGCUUGCAUCUGGUACGUCAUUGGGCGAAAGGAAAUCGAAAGCAGCGACCCCAUUACCUGGGAGAUAGGCUGGCUGCAGGAGCUGGGAAAGCGUCUGGAGACUCCGUACAUCAACAGCACCACGGGGGGCCCCUCCAUGCCCAGUGCCUACAUCGCCUCUCUCUACUUCACCCUCAGCAGUCUCACCAGUGUCGGUUUUGGUAAUGUGUGCGCCAACACAGACGCAGAAAAGAUCUUCUCCAUAUGCAUCAUGCUCAUUGGAGCUCUGAUGCAUGCAGUGGUCUUUGGGAACGUGACCGCCAUCAUCCAACGCAUGUAUUCACGCCGCUCGCUCUACCACACACGCAUGAAGGACCUCAAGGACUUCAUCCGUGUGCACCGGCUGCCGCAGCAGCUGAAGCAGAGGAUGCUGGAGAACUUUCAGGCCACCUGGUCAGUCAACAACGGCAUCAAUGCUAAUGAGCUGCUCCGUGAAUUCCCGGAUGAGCUGCGAGCUGACAUUGCCAUGCAUCUGAACAAGGACAUCCUGCAGCUGCCUGUGUUUGAGCGAGCCAGCAGAGGGUGUCUGCGUUCCCUCUCCCUGCACAUCAAGACUUCCUUCUGCGCACCCGGAGAAUACCUCAUCCGCCACGGAGAUGCUCUACACGCAAACUAUUUCGUCUGCUCCGGUUCCUUGGAGGUCCUGAAAGACGGCGUGGUUCUGGCCAUCCUGGGCAAAGGUGACCUGAUCGGGUCCGACUUACCGGAGCACGACCAGGUGAUCAAAACAAACGCCGAUGUCAAGGCGUUGACCUACUGCGACCUGCAGUACAUCAGUGUGAAGGCUCUGAAGGAGGUUCUGAGGCUUUACCCAGAAUACAGCAGCCGCUUCAGCUUUGACAUCCACUUCAACCUGACCUACAACCUGAGAGAGGGCAGUGAAGCCAAUGAAAUUAGGAGAUUUCCAUGGACGCCUAAACAGUCUCAGUGUGGUGUAGAUCACAACCUCCCAUCCAUCAUCGAGGCAGCCGGCGCAGAACAAGAGAACAAGAAAUACUCGCAGGAGAGCCGAGUUCCUCUUCUGCAGGGUCUUCACAGUCCUGUCCAUCAGCCGAGCCUCGGCACCGCCGGAGAGGAGCUUCAGCACAUCCGAGCGCUCAGCUGGUGUCGAUCACCUGCUCAGGGAAGCAGAGGCCCCUCUCCUCAGCCUUUUCUCAGCGAUGAACUCCCCCGAUCUCCUUUGCUGGGUCUCAACGAUCACUCAGGCCUGAGCCAUCGACCUGCUAAAUUGCUUAUUCCAUCAUUGCCUUGUGUAAGCCCUUUAAACUUGAGCCCCAGGGUUGUGGACGGAAUUGAAGACAAUGGCCACACUUUUCAAUUUAAUGAGCAGAGCGAGACAAAAAUCAAAGUGGCAGACCAGCUGCAGAUAAGUGCUAACCUGAUUCUGGAGACGGAAGAAGUGAGACAGAGCAUCGGAAAACUUAACAAAGAGGUGAACAACUUGAACGAUGAAGUGUCCAACCUGGCAAAGGAGCUCCACGAUCUAAUGCAAUUCCUGCACUGUCAUAUACCAAAGCCCAACAACAGCUCCUGUGCUGGGACGACUACCAGCAUCUGGCAGGCCUCUGCUCCUUCCUCUGAACUGCACCAUCACCUUGAAACCAUAAACCACGUGGAUAGAAAUCCAUGUGUCUGCGGUGGAUUCGCUUCUCCAACUUGUUUGCACCGUUGCUGCUCCGACAGAGAAGGACCCCCGGCUCACGGACACAAGAACCAGGUUCAUGCAACCAGGGUAGUCCCAAGCUCCCCCUACAUGAUCCACCCUCAUCCCCAGAGAGGUUCGUCGCUGCUGAGCAUCAGUUCAGCCUUCACUAGUUACCCAGUGAUUUGUCAGAGCCCACAGGUCAUCUACAACUCACCCAUCCUCUCAAGGCACAGCUCUCACCCCCUAUGUUCUACAGUAAACUGUGGACACACCCAACCAUCAUUCAGUUUCCUAGGCAACCCCAACGUCUCGCAAAAACUAUCCCCUUCUCGGAUACCUGAUAACUCCCCCAUCAGUUCUGCUGGAUUAUCCUUGAGCUCUCUGGCAUCUUCAGGAGUCCACAGUCCGGUGUGUCAACCGAAUUGUAGCAAUGGUCCCAGACAAAAUGACCCGGUAGGAUCCAGUCCUGUUCACAACAAACAUCAGUGUUCUCUGGUGGAGCCGGGGUCAAACAAAGAGAGCUCAAGUUCACUGUGUCAAGACGAUGCAGACGUGACCAUACAGGACUAACACAAUGAUCAUAUCAGUGUUUGGUUCUCCUCAUGUAUGAUCAGAUGUGUUGUAGCCAUUGACUGUAUAUGAGAGCUGGGCAGAGUGAGCCUGACGUCAACAACUCACUUAUGGUUCCAACGAAAUGAAGUUUCACAAUGUCGCCAUGUUGGAACCAGACGAUGUAAGUAAGCAAUGAUUGGUCCGAGCCGAUCUGAGUCCAUAUUUCUACGGCAACCACUCUUGCCUUCCACUCGAUGGAUACUUCCUGUUUGGAACACAAGGGGGGAGGAGUCACUCAGUCCAGUUCUCAUAUACAGCCAAUGGUUAUAGUGCUAAAGUGUAAUAAAGUCCAUCUCCAGUCAUCUUUUGAGCACUUUUAAAAGCAUCUCCAGUCAUCUUUUGUGCCGUUUUAAGGCAACAUCAAAAUACCUGUGUCGUUUUUGGGACAUAUUUUCGGAAGAUUUUCUUUAAAAAAAACUUUUGGAACAUACGUGUAUAUUUGUAUAUAUAUUUUACAUGUUUGAGUCUUUUGGGUGGAGACCUUGAAUAAUCUAUUUGGGUUUUUGCCUCUUUCUGCACUUUACUUGACUUUCUUUUAUGAAUCCUUGUUAUGUAUUUUAUUUGUGCUAAACAAUAAACAGACAAACAAAAGUU